AGGUGGACCUCAAACGGCGCUCGGACAACGUGGAGUUGACUGUGUUCUGCGCCCACCUCGCGAGUGGCAAGGCUCCAAAGGACGACGCCAUGCGCGAGCACGAGCUGUGCGGGCCAACCUUGGAUAGGCAGGGCGAGGCGAGGGAGCAGAGCCUCUGCGAGCAGUUCCACGCUAGGUCGCAGAAGGUGGCCACCAUCUUCUGCAUGGACGCCAACUCAACCCCAGACAGCCAUGCGGAGAGCCCGGAGAAGGUCACGCCGUGGCGUGCCAUCCGCAGGAUGCGCGGCGCCAGCUCCGUGUGGGACGGCUUCUUCGACGAGAGCGGCAACCCUCGUGCUGGAGCGCCGAUGCCGCUCACCACGAACAAGAUGCGCGGGCCCCUCUCCGACCAGCCCCGGAAGAUCGGCGAGCACGCGGCGGGCGUCAUCGACCACAUUUUCCUCGGGGGCCCCGUGACGCUUCAGCGCCGCGCCCUCGGCCUCUCCCGGCUGAGGGCCACGCCUGGGGCCCGAUGACCGCCGAGUCGCUCGCGCAGGCGCGGCUCGACAUGCUGCCGACUCUGGAGAUCCCCAGCGACCAUGCGCCGGUCCUGGUCGACCUCCUCGUGCAGGGGCUCGCAGACGCCGGGUGACAGGCUCGGCGGCCGGCCGAGGGCCGAGCUCCGGCGGCGGCAGCGGCGCGCGUAGCUCUCCGGGCCGCUUCCGUCGCGCCCCGCGCGAGCAGCAGGAGGCCGCCUGACCGAC